GGCGCGCAAGGUUUUUCUCAGAGAAGGAAAACGCUUUCUUCUCACGCGAACCGUCGAAGUGUAAACAUGGUAGUUCAUUGUAAUUUAGACGAAGUGCGCAUAGUUCCGCAGUUUUUUGUGUGCGAUGCCAAACAUUUAAUAGCUAAUUAAGUUUGUUCAUAGAUUGAGUUUAGUUAAAAACAAUUAGUUAUAAGAAUUUGCAGCUAGUGCACUUUGCAAUAAACAAGUUAAACCAUUACCGUGUUGAUUCUUUUUCCUCGACGGAUAAGACAGAUUAAUCUCGCGUGAGUGUGUAGUCAACGCUACAAUUGGUGACCCCGACAAAAGGAAGAGUUUCUUUUACAUUCCACGGAAAGGAAGAAAAAGAAGUAGUCUUGACAUAAAAUGGCGGUCUCACGCUCGCCUACAAGGGUAGUGCCCAAUAUGGCGAACCAGCCCGAAGACGCUCGUCGCUCUACAGAAGACCCCGCGUUGGACGCGACCAUCGCGGCAGCCACGUUGAAGAAGUUGCCUCCUUUUUGGAAGAAGAAUCCAGGGAUGUGGUUCAUCCAGGUGGAGUCGAUGUUUAAUAUAGCGCGCAUUACUGGGGAUGAUACAAAGUAUCACCAUAUUAUUGCGCAAUUGGACCGGUCAGUGCUUCCGUUUGUGGCGGAUUUGUUGACGUCUCCUCCAGCCCGGGGGAAGUACGACGCCAUCAAGGAAAGGCUCAUCAAUUCUUUUGAUGAAUCUGCAAAAGCGAAGCUACGACGUGUUCUUCGGAGCAGUCAUUUGGGAGACGAAAAACCCUCUCAUUACUUGCAGAAGCUUCGGAAUUUGGCUGGAAAUCAGAUCAGCGAAGUUGUACUUCGUUCUCUCUUUUUGGAGCAGUUUCCGGAAAAUAUAAGAAGCAUUUUGGUUAUCAGCAACACGAGUCUGGCCAAUUUGGCGUUGCAGGCGGAUAAAAUUCAGGAGAUGCAUUCCGUUACAAUCGCGGCGGCGUCACGCACUCCAAGUUCAGUGUCAUUGCACAGGGACGGUGGCGGCAGCACCAGUUCCAUGCAGAACCGGAUUGACAGGCUAGCUAAGAUGGUGGAGGCGCUGACGGCAGUGAUGCCAGUCAAUGCCAGAAUCGUGGGACGUGGGACAAAUUUUUACCCUCUCCACGACGUCCCAGUGACUCCCCUACUUCAAUUGUUUCAUCUAACACAAUUGCGUUGUCCCACGUGCCCGUGUGAGCUCUGCGGGUUUGGCAGAGUUCGGCUGCUCUUGUCAUUUCUACAUUAUUGGCACAGUAAGUAUAGGAAAGAACAUUAUCGCAACAGGAAUGUUUUAGAAGUAACAGAGGUUAAAAUGCAAGAAACUAUUAUCAUAUAUAUUCACAGCCGCCAUAUUGUUGGUUGUGCGAUUCGGUCAUGCGCGAGCGACAAUUAUUGGUACGCUUUUUGGCAGAGUGAUCCUACUGUUCUUUGCUAUACUGUGCUUAAGCUUUGCUUAGUGAAGUCCAUGCUUAAGCAAUGCUUAUUUGACAUUCGGCUGUUUCCUUCGAUUUUCUACUGUAACAACCAAUGAAAAUGAUUCUUGAAAAUGUAGCAUUAUUUCUUACUUAGUGACGCUGUUUUUGAAUUGAAUUCAAAUAAUUGAGCGAGCGAUAGACAGAGCCAAAUUUAUUAAUAAAAAAAGCCAAAUUUAUUAAGAACAAUUUUAUAAUUAAUGUUAUCACAUACGUUAUAAAAAUCUCUUAUAUUUAAAGUUUCAUUCUGAAAUACGAACACAAAAUAACACAAAAUUAAACUUACGACUGAAAUUACUGGUUCAAGGUAUAGGUUGUGAUAUGACUGAGAAUGAGGGUAUUUUAAUCAAUAAAUUAAACCAAUUUGAGCCGAAA